UCAACAUUGAUCGAAAAUUUGUUGGCAGUUGUCUUGGGGGAAUAAUGCAUCAUUUAACAUUGAGAACGACAUUUUGAACAGAAAUCCUUCAUUUUUGUUUCAAAACAUAAAUGCACAAUUACCCCAAGGCCACAAUUAUCCAUUAGAGAAUGAAGUCUUGGAAGAUCAUUGGUGCUUUGCUUGCAUCUUGGUUGGUUAUUCUUAUUUAUAUGAGUAACUCAUUUAGUUCGGACAACAAUAAUGCCAAUGAUUUGGAAAGACAGUUGAAGAGAGCACUCAGGGAGUUGGAACAAUUAAAAACUCAAAAUAAUCAAUUACAAUCAGUAGCUGAAGAUAUAAGAAAGGUGAAAUUAAAGUCUGGUGGAAACAGUCAGCUUAAAGAAAUAGAGGACAGAUUUAAUAUGAUAGACAAUGGAAACUCCAAGACUGGAGUCAAAGAUACAUGUCAAGCGGGUGUUUACUCCUUGGCACAUGAGUUACAACAGAGGAAGGUCGACAGAGAUAUAACUGAGUUCUGGUUCUAUAUGAAUACUAAACUUGAAAAGUUAAAAAAUAAUGGAAACAAUGAAGCAGCUAAAGAUAUUCUAAAGCGAGCUCAAGACUAUCAAAGAACAUUAAGAAAUGACAUGCAGUCUUUGUACGAUACUGAUGAAAUGGACAAAUGGAGAGAGAAAGAAGGAAAAGAGCUUGGCGAGUUAGUACAGAAAAGGCUUCACUACAUUCAGAACCCAAAAGACUGUAGCAAGGCAAAGAAAAUUGUGUGCAAUCUCAGUAAGGGGUGUGGUUAUGGAUGUCAGUUACAUCAUGUGACCUACUGUCUCAUUACUGCAUAUGCUUUGGAGAGAACAAUGGUAUUGGAGUCCAAAGGUUGGAGAUAUGCUGCAGCAGGGUGGGAGACUGUCUUCCUACCAUUGAGUGACAAUUGUAUUGACAGACAGGGACAAGGAGCUAGACAUUGGUCAGAUCCAAAAAAUUUAGUGAAUGAGAUGGCAAUAGAGAUGCCUAUUAUUGACAGUUUACAUCCACGGCCCGACUUCCUACCAUUAGCCAUUCCAGAGGACCUGGCACCUCGUCUCACCAAGUUACAUGGAAAUCCAUCUGUUUGGUGGAUCGGUCAGAUAGUUAAAUAUCUGACACGUCCACAACCCCAUCUACAAAAAGAUAUAGAAUCAGUUAAUCAAAGGUUGAAGUUUUCUGGUCCAAUUGUAGGAGUACAUGUAAGAAGAACAGAUAAAGUAGGAACUGAAGCAGCCUUCCACGGCAUUGAUGAGUAUAUGAAAUAUGUAGAAGAAUACUAUGAUUUAUUAGAGACCAAACAGAAAGUAGAAAAACGGAAAAUAUUUUUAGCCUCAGACGAUCCAUCUGUGGCUACAGAAGCUAGACAAAAAUAUCCUCACUAUGAAAUAAUAAAUGACCCAGACAUUACCCAAUCAGCAGGACUCAACAAACGUUAUACUGACGAAUCUUUACGAGGAAUUAUUUUAGACAUCCAUUUCUUAUCGCUGUGUGAUCACCUAGUCUGUACCUUUUCAUCACAGGUUUGUCGAGUUGCAUAUGAAAUGAUGCAGACAAUGUAUGGUGACGCCUCAUCAAAAUUUAAAUCAUUAGACGAUAUAUUUUACUUUGGGGGACAAAACGCCCACAAUGAAAAGGUUGUAGAAAGACAUGUAGCCCAAAGUCAUACGGAAAUAGAUUUAGAGCCUGGUGAUUUAAUUGGAAUUGCAGGGAAUCAUUGGGACGGUUUUUCAAAAGGUUUAAAUAGACGGACAGGAAAAACAGGAUUGUAUCCUUCUUAUAAAACGAUAGACCAUGUGACAACAUCUAAAAUGCCAUUAUAUCGGCAGGUUAGCUAACACCAAAAUGUUUAGUUAUAGCGGAAGUUAAUAUUGGGCUAGGUGCUAACAUGUUAUGAAUAAUUUCCAUACUUAUUAAUUUAUUUUUUAGUCAGUUCAUUGUUAAUGUAUACAAAUUUUAUGUAUUUUGCAAAUUUUAAUUUUAAUAUCAUUUGCUAUUUUUAAACUACCACAAUUUUUAUUCCAGAUUGCAUCCCUAGAAUUAGUCCCCCUUUUUAUUUUGAUUAAGCCUAUUAAAUAGGUGACGAUCACAGAGAAUGACCUUCAUUCUUCUUUUAUAAUCAACAUCAUUUUUUUUAAAAACACUUGUUUUUUUAAUCCAUAUCUUUUUCUUUGUAACUGGUAUUUUCAAAUAACUUUUAUCAAAGGGUUAUUGAAAAAAAGUUACUUGUAUUCUCAGGUGAAACAGAUAUAUAAUAUUACCCAAGAUAAUUUUAUUGUUUUAUCAGGAAUCAAUUUUACCAAAAGAAAAUUUUGUUUGUAUAGAAAUCAUGACAAAAGUUAGAUUCCAAUUAAUAUUAUUCAUUAUAAGUAAACAGCAUUGGACUUAUUCAGCAUUUUAACUAUUUCAUGUCUAAUCAAGACUGUGUGAGGCUUUAAAUAUAAAGAGAACUUGAAAUCUUAAAUUUCUGUGUGUUGUAAUAUAUAUAUUGUUAUAUGAUUUUGUCAUCUUAAUAAGAUGUUUUUUUGGAUAUGAUGUGCUGUAUAUUCAGAAAUAAUUUAGUACAUUUAUUAUUGCUUCUGUUAAGAAAUGGACACAAAUUUGAAAUAGGUGUGAUUUCCGGAAAUGCUGCAUACACAAAAAUGAAUUUUUAUCAAUGUAACUUCCUUUCUUGUCUCAACUUUUGCACAAAUAAAAAACAAAGAAAAGUUUCUGAAUUUACAGUACCUUUAAUUAGUUUUCAGUUUUUAUUGUGGGUUUAUUUUUCUUCUUCAAUAACUUUCGGAAAAGGAAAGUUCAAUAUGGAAAAACUAAAAAAUAAGUUCCUCUUUUUAGGCCAUAAUAAAUAAUAGGUAUGUUUGCCCAAACGCUACCUGCCCUGUAAUCCAGAAAAAAGCUGCCGUCUCAAAUUCUUUUAUUGUCCUGAUUUGAAGAAGAUAUUUUUAAUCAAAUAGGCAUGAAUACUAAUAAACAUCUGAUACUUCAAUUUCUUUUUUUGAAAAAAGAAAAAGAAAAUGCCUACCUACCUACCUUCCCACUGUCUCAACCUUUGGGUAGGGUUUGGGCAAACCAAAAUAUUUUUUAGUGUGGCCUUAUUUUUCAUAAAUAAUGAAUGAGAUCUUCUAUUUCAUUCGUUCCAAUGUGAUAAUAAUCCACCAGUGAUCGUUAAAUCUACCUUUUAAACUAUUGUCCUACCGAAGGUUGCAUGUUCUCUCCAGACACUCAGACUUCCUCCACUCAUUUUUAGCUUGAUUCAUCUUCUUUUAGAUGAUCUUACUUGACUGAGUACCAAAACUUCUUACCACAAUGUAGAUAUUGCCUGUCAAAAAAAAAAAUAUUCCGGAGCAAAAUGUUGGCAAUAUGAAAAUAGUCUAGUGUUUUUUUUACUUCAUUGAUACAUAAAUAGUUAUCCAUGGGAAUUUGUUAUUCACUUCAUAGUUCAUAUUGAAUACAUUCCAUAUUUCAUUUUAAAGUUUCAUGAUAUAUUGCUCACCAUUGUUUACUGUAACCUUGGUUACAGAUUGUCUCAAGCUUCAAAUAUUUUGAGAAUUGAAAUAUAUAAUGCCUUGCAAUACAUUGUAUCAUGCAUAUUAAUGAAAGCUUUAAUCUGUAUCAAUUAAAAAAACAUGUAUAGUGGGAUUUUGGAUUAUGGCCAUAAGGGUGUGAGAUGUUCAUGCCUUUUGAACGGGGAAUUUGAUAUUCAAAGUUCGCUUAGAAUAGUAAAAUUUAUUUAUGUAUGUAGAUUUUCAAGGUCAAAAACAAAAAAAUGUUUAUACAUUUAAUGAAUGUGUCACAUAUGAAUGCCAACUUAACUUUCAUAAUUUAUGUCAAUGAAAGUUUACUGCAUGCAAGACUUAAUUCAUUUAUUCAACAUUAACAAAUAACAUUAAAAAACAUUCAAAGGAAAGAUGUUAAUUCAAUGCAUCCAGUUGAUAUGUUUAACUUUCUAUUAGUAGAUGGUGGUUCUGAAUAUAAAUAUUUUUUUGGCUUUUCUUUUGUACUUACAUUCAUUCACAAAUAUCAAUUUGUCACAAUUUUUUUUUUAUUAAAUCCACAAUGUUUAUUGCAAUUUAAGACCAAGCUGUAACCAGAUUUUUUUUUGGAGAACACUGCAAUUUAUUCAAAGACCAGAUAUUUUUGAUUGCUUCUCAUGAAAUUUAAGUGAACCACUUGCAAUUUAAGGAUGUCUGCUUGUCAUGUUUUGGAAUUUUUAUCAGAUUUUCGGAAUCCUCUGGUCUUAAUUAUUUGAAUGCCUUAAAAAAAUUUGCCCAUGAACCCCCAUUUUUCUUUUUAUAAAUCUUUCACAUGCAUAAUUAUAAGCCAUUUGUAAUAGUCUCAUCAAAUCUUAUUUAUUUUUUCAAAGUAUUUGAGGACUUUGACUGGUCAAUGAUAAAGCUAUGAAAAAUCAAGAGAGAACAUUUUCCUGCCAAAUUCCAAUGGCUUAUAUCUAGGAAACAAGCAAAUUGACCCCUAUAUUUUUUUUGCUUUUUUGAUUCCUCAAUUAAUCCCCUAUCAAUAUAUACAAGUUUCAUGAAAAGUAAUUUAUUUUGAAACUGACUAGCAAAAAUUCUUAAGUGGUUAACACUUUUAUGAUUUUAGUUGUAAAACCUCUGGCUGUACUAUUACUAAUUUAGUUUAAGAUUUGAGUCUAUGGCUACAUUUUAAUAACAAGUAAUUCAGGUGCUAACGAAAACAACACAGGGGGGAGAUGUUGAAAAAACUUUUUAAUUUUUUAAUCAGUGCUAAAAAUGUGUUAUGUGUGUCAUGUUGUAUAUUUUUAUGAAAGGUUGUUUUAACUGUUAAAAAAUUAAUAGUAUCAUUUUUAAAAGGUAGAUAUUUUAGUAUUAUAAAACAUAAUUAUACCGCUUUAAGAUAUUUUAAAGGAGACAUUUUUAUUUAUUUUUUCAUAUUCGAUUUUUAAACAGAUGAUGUAAAAAUGGGUUUGAAGCAUGAUUGAAUUAUAGAUUUGUACAUAUUAUAUCAGCUUAUGUUUUUAAAGGCAUUAAUUUCAUUUACACAAUUUCAUCCCAAUGACAAAGAGAUGUUAUUAGAAGGAUAUUAAUGUAUAUUGGUUAUUGUAUUUUUCAAUGUGUAUAAAUGAGUGCAAUGUGGUAUUAGAAAAAGAAGAAACUUAGAAAAAAUUUAAUGCCAUUAAAAAACGAAUAACGCAAGUCUGCCAAAAAUCCAUGCAUUGUUGUAUAUUUAUAAGGGGAAACUGGGUAUAUAGUUACUUUUUGCCUUGUCAUAUAAAAAAAUAUAAUGUGUUAUAAUGCUAUCAAUUUCCAUCCCAUCGAAAAUUUUCAUGGUUAUGUUUGUCAAUAAGUAGGUAUCUACUUAUAUCCUUGAAAUUAUUGUUUUAUAAAAAGGAAAGUAAGAGUAGAGAAAAUUGUGAAGUGGUAACAGACAUUCGUUGUUUUAAUAUGUUCAGAUCUUAUAAAUACUUUGACACUUUGUUUAGAUAAUAUUACCAAAUUAUUUUAAGAUAUAAGCAACAAAUUUUACCAACUAAUUGUCUAUUAAAUUGAAAUAACUUCAUCACAAUCAUAAACAAAAGAUGACAAAUGUUUUCUAAUUUGACCCCCCUUUUUUUUUAUCAAACUGAAACUAUUGCACAUAAUAUAAGCUUUUUGUUUCAACAUUUUCAAUUCCUCAUUUAAAUUAGUGCAUUGAACUUCACUUCAACAUUGUUGAUUUAGAAAAAAAUAAUUUGUUUGUGGAUAUUUUCUCACAUUUAAUGAGAAUGCAAAAAUAACUCCUUCGUCAAAAUUUAUAUGACAUAUAUACCACUUCACAGGAGUGUAAGAUUUAAUAUUGUGUUUGUGUGUUUAUAUUGUGUACUGUUUUACAGUUGUAGUUGUAAAUAUUAUUUUAUGUCUAUAUAGAACUCUCACUGUUUUCCUUUUAUUUCUUGAAGCUUUUGUACUAUCUUUAUCUUUAAAUUUCUAAUCCCUCAUCCCACCUAUGACAUUAUUUUUCUCUUUUUCUUUUGCAGUAAAAGCUAUUUUUUGCUGCUGUGUUAUAUAUGAUAGGGUAAAUUAAGACUUGCCUAGUGAAAUUUCAUAUUUUUAUAUAGUGUGAAUGAUAGGUUACUAUUUAACAUUUUUAGGGAUUUUAGCAAAUUAAAUUAAAGCAAAUAAUCAAAACUUCUUGUUAUAACUCUUGUAUCGAAAAAUAAACAAAUCAUCCGAUUAUUUAAAAAAACCAAAACAAGACUGAUAUCAGACUUGCUAACAGAUGGACAGCAAAUCCAUGAUCUGAUACAUUUUGCUGGUUUUUUUUAAGUUCACAACAAAUCUUUAAUUCUUAAAACUAUAAUUGACUAAAUACCAAAAAUAGGUAAACUCAUAAAUUAUGUAUUAAUUAUUUCAAAUUAUAACGUCAUCCCCCUCCCCCCCCCCCCC